AUGACCGAAGAGCUCUACCAGAUCUUGCAAGAAUACGCUCGGGGCAAAGAUGGAGACAUCGCCAAGAAGGACACGCCACGCGGCACGCCCGAAGGGACUCCUGCACCGGAUCAGCCUCAGGGGCUCCGCACAGGCCGGGGGUCAAAGAGGCAACGCAAGGAGUAUGCACGUGAAGUCAACGUCAUUGGAACCUUCACUCCAACACCACCACCCAAGUGGUCAAGUGUACCCAUUUCCUUCACCGAGGAAGACGCUAAGGGAAUACGCUUCCCACACGACGAUGCCCUCUUCGUGACCAUCGUCUCAAAUUGCGAGCUCAAGAAAAUACUUGUGGAUGGCGGAAGCUCCGCCGACAUCUUGUACCUGAGCAUGCUAAAAAAGCUGAUGGAGCCACAGGGAGGAUACAAGAACGGUUCCUUGCAACCAUCGCUUUACCCCCUAAGCGGCUUCGUCCCAGGCAAGUCCAUCCAGCCGCUCGGCCAAAUUGAGCUCCUCACGACCUUCGGAGAUGCCACUAAUCAUCGGACCGAGCUCGUGCGCUUCGACGUGAUGGACAUGGAGGCCUCCUUCAACGCCAUCCUUGGCAGGAUGACCCUAAACCGCCUCUGCGCUGCCGUCCACCACAACUUCCUAUGA